GAGAGAUCCAUUUUGUGUUGUCUUACAUUUAAACUAAAAUCAUAUCAGUUAUUUAGGUUUCAAAUUAAAAGUUUUUUGGCAAAAGGUUAUAAUAAUAACAUUUUAUAUUCAUAUUCACAACUUUCGCCUACAUUCGAAAUCUACGCCUCUGUAUGACCAGUUACCACAGACAUUCAGACAUAAACACUGAACGUGCCCGUUGACCACAUACAUACAGACACUUUUAUGAGAUUCGCUUUUCUAGUUUAGAGUAUCAUAAAUGGAUCACAAAACCUGUUUUUGUAUUAUAUAGCUUUUUACCACAGUUUUUAUUAGAAGAGUGUGCAUUUCAAUAUUAUUUACAAAGUUAUUUUAUUACGAACUAAUUAAAACUUUAUUACGAUGUUUUAAUUUAAGAGGAGCAUAUUAGAGGUUGAUUAUAAAUGUUUUACUAUAUAUAGUAUUUUUUUAGAGUAUUAUUUAAAUCAAAUAAACACUAACACUAAGCACUUAGAGUGUUUUGUUUCAUUUAAUAUUAUAAUAAGACUUGGACAGUUAUUUUACUAUUUUUCCAUUAUUGGGAAAAGUAAUGAUUUGAUUUGUACGUUGUCCUUUCGACAUUUUGAGGAUACGAAUAUUGUAUAUUCACGUAAAGUAAGACAGCCACCCACGAACUGUUGAGUAAUGACAACAGAAAGGUUUGUUUACAUUGUAAAUUUAGCAGUUAACUUAUCUUGAAGUUUACAAUUGGGGGCUAACGACAUGUCCGCUCCGAAUGCGCCCGCAUGAGUAAUAAACAAGAUAGCGAGUGUGUCAUUAUUAGGUGACCGAAGUCAUGUAGUGAAGUCGGUACUUACUUAUCCGGUCACCGCGCUCCAAGGACGAGCGAAACCAUAACCCUUAAAAACAGCGCUUACACCCGAUCAGGCCUCUUUUAUGAGGACUGAUAAUAAUUUUGAUCACCCGAAAAUGUUUUGUUGUGGGAGUUUUUAUCCCGCUGUUAAAAUUCCGCGCGGAUCCGCUAGAUGGUGUUAGUAGUGCCGGGAAGGAAAAGAGAGUAUCGACUGGGAGCCGCGUCUGUAGAAGUGUGCGCUCCGGUCCCGCCGAGCGCUCCGAUUGGUCCGCCGGCCCCGCCGUCGAGCGCUGAUUGGUCGCCGGUCCGCGCGGUAGGUGAGAGGGGGACUCUAUAAUGUUAAGGGGUUACUCAGCCUGGUGAUAUCCCGCAGUACGUAUACCCUUCACAUACACUACGGCCAUAAAGGCUUUAACAAGUGCAUACUACUACAAGGGCCAGGGUGGUGUGAGUGAGAGGGAGUUUUUUAGGUUAGGUUCGUCGUUUAGGCGCGUCUUUCUACCAUGUGUUAUGAUGACUAGUCGUUAUCAGUCGCGGGUUACGUCAUGAGCUCCAAGUUCAUCAUAGAUAGCAUGCUGCCCAAGUACCAUCAACAGUACCAUCACCAGUUGUUGAACCCCGUCAUCACUUCGAGCGGAGGCGACGUGUCUUCCGCGGUAAACUACUCGAUAUCCACCAACAACUCUUCCAGCUCUUCGUCGUCACCACCGCCUUCCUUGGUCUCCUCGGCGAGCAGGAUGUACCCUUACGUCGCCGCGCAUCACCACCAUCAGCAGCAGGCGGCGGCAGCAGCGGCGUUCGCAGGAGCAGCGGCCGCCACAGGGUCCAUGGUCCCUGGCGCCUUCAGCACCCCCAGCUCAGCCGCCUUGGCAGCCGUCGUGGACGCUGCCGCCGCUGACAAGUCCUGCCGCUACACCGGCAACGUUCCUCCCCCUGAGUCCAUGGUAAACUACUCUCUGCACCACCAGAACGGCUCGGCCGCAAGUUCCGUCUCUGCCGCCUCCGCAUCCAUGGCCGCCGCCGCCCAGUUUUACCACCAAGCCGCUGCCGCCUCCGUCGCCGCCGACCCUCUGAGCUCAUGCACGACGCAGGUCGCCAACGCCGCCACCGGUCAGCCCAUGCCCGACAUCCCUCGGUAUCCGUGGAUGUCGAUCACCGACUGGAUGAGCCCAUUCGACCGCGUCGUUUGUGGAAGCCAACUCUUCGAAGGUCUGUUGGUUUCAGGCCCCAACGGGUGCCCGAGGCGCAGGGGUCGCCAGACAUACACUCGCUUCCAGACUCUGGAGCUGGAGAAGGAGUUCCACUUCAACCACUACCUGACGAGGAGGCGGAGAAUCGAGAUCGCCCAUGCCCUCUGCCUGACAGAGCGCCAGAUCAAGAUCUGGUUCCAGAACAGGCGGAUGAAGCUGAAGAAAGAGCUCAGGGCGGUGAAAGAGAUCAAUGAGCAGGCGAGGCGAGAGCGAGAAGAGCAGGACCGGAUGAAGCAGGAGAAACAGGCGAAGAUGGCGGAGCACCAGCAUCACCAUCAGGGUUCACUGCACGACCCACACAAGAUGAUGACGGGUCUAGACAAGACGUCAGGAGCAGAUCUCCUCAAAGCCGUGGUCACCAAAGUGCAGACGUAAGCUCUUAUGGUCACGCCAGACAUACGUAAGGACUCAGCGUGAGAAAAGUCGUGUCCAUCGAGAAAUCGUUCUACCAGUAUUCUUUCUCCAAGAGUAGUUUUAUUGGAUGGCUGCUGGACUUUACCGGUUUUGGCAACUCGGAUACGUAUACGAGGCAAUAACAUUGAGAUCCAAGCCUGUGUGUACUCGAACUUCCGAUCCACGUCCAUUGUUGUUGUACUUAAUCGGUUCGAAUUUGUGAAGUAUUGAGCAGUGCUCCCUGUUUUUGUUAGGCCAGUGUUUAUUUGUUGUCUGGACAGUUCUACUUUACGUUAUUGUUGUAGUUUUUAUUGAGUUGUUGUUUUAUUUUGGAAGAAUUUGAAGAAAAUCCCGUUUGUUAUUUGAAGUCACUGUUCAUUUUCGACAUCUGUUGCAAAAAGUCAAGUUACUCAGUGCCUUCAUUUUGGAAAUACGUAAUCAAUCUAAAUUUUCAUGUCAGUCGCAAGCAGGAUUCUCUUCAUUUGAAGGCCUAACGAAACCAUCUAUACGUAAAUUUACUGUGUAUAAAAAUUCCGAAAUACGUAAUAGUCUUUAUUCUGAAAGAGAUAUUUUUAAUAAACCCUUUUGAAGUCUACAUUUCUAACCUUCAAAAUAAAGAGUUAGGUUUUGUUAAUGCCAUGUUUGAUAAAAUGUUAUUGAAAUUGCUCAUUUUUUACAAUUUACUCAUAUUUAUGUUUGGAAUAUUGCCUGUUUAUUUAUGCAUUUCAUUAUGUAUCUAUGUUUUGUUUUUUGUUUAUAGUUAUAGUUUACAAUUCAAAUGUUGCCAUAUUUAAGAAUUUUCUUUAAGAAGAAAUUAGAAUUGUAAUUUAAGAUUUGUUUUAGUAAUUAUUAUGAUGAGCUUUAAAACCUAUUAGCAAUUUUACAAUGAAGCAUGUAAUCCCAUCAUGUUUUGACUUGUCUGUUAAGUAGCAAGAAUUUUAAGAACUAUAAGAUAAAUGAGCUGUAUUUUUUGUUAUAAUAUACUACUACUGCUUUCGUAUUUAAUAUAAAAAGUAUAUAUAUAUAUAUAUAUAAAAGUCCCCUUGAUACACGAUAUAAGUAGUGAUAACAAAUAUAUUUGAUCUACAUCUUCUACCUUAUUUCAUACGAAACGGUCCUUGGAAAAACUCAACCUUUCCAAAUUACAUAUACGUUUACUUUGAACUGUCACUGUUUCUGAAAACUUUAUGAAUUCCUACUCUGAUUCCUUAACCGCUAGGAGUCAUUAACCGUAAAGUAACUGUUUGGCCGUAUCGUAUUACUAAGAAAUUUAUAUUCCACGUACAAUUUAACUGAACCGAACUUUGCCCCCCCCCCCUUGUUCUACCCACCUUGCGAUCAAUACUCGAAAUACAAUCAUGUGCCAAGUUCCCUCUACAACGUUGCCACUUUCACUUCAUUUUCGCUCUUAGCAAAUUCCGAAAUGAGUUCCAAUCGUAAUUUUAAGGGAGCGAAUAACAAAUAACAUUGUUUUGGUUCGAACCAUAACAAAGUAAUCCUAUACGUAAGCUGGUGGCAGGGUUGGCGCGAGUGAGAAGCGUGUGUGUGAUCAACUCUAUAUUGUUUCUGUAAGAAUCUCGUCCGUUAUGUUUAGUUUCGUGCGUGUGCGUGUGCAUGAGUAUGGGUGCGUGGGAGAGAGAUCUCGCGUGACGAGUGGUAUGCUGUGUAUAUUUUAGCAUUACAUGUACAUUAAGCAACCUUGUGUUUCAAUGUUAGACUAUUAUAAUUUCUUCUACUAAUCUAUGUAUGGCCAAUGUUAUAGUACUUACACAGAUAAGGGACUGUAUCCAUUACCCUAAGUUUUCGUUCCUUGUAAGUCUCAAACCGCGUCCGUCACUAAAGUGUGUCCCCAUUUUGUUCCUAAUGUAAGCAUAUGCAGUUGCCUCGUAUUAUUUAGUCUCGGCUUUCACGGGUUUUGGGAUCUGCUCAACGAUUUUAUUAUUUUACUGCCCUUGAACUUUUAUCAUAAAAUGGAAAAUCAGUACCAUGUGAGGGAAAAUAAUUUACCUCGAUUGUACAGCAUUGCUGUCUUAAUAAUGUACUACUGGGUUUAAUGAACAGCCGUUACUUGUAUAAUUCUUGUUAAUCGCUCUAAACCAUGGUUUUAAAUAUUUCAUAAUGAUGAUUUAAAUGUGGUUUGAUAUCCAUAUUUAAAACAGAAAAUGCGGGUAUCAAACUAAAAAUAAUAUACUGACAGUGUUUUAGUCAAAAUUUAAAAAUAAAAUUACAAUGGUUUUUGAGAAAAGUACAGAGUUUUAAUUACUUCUGCGUAAAAAUAAAAAAAAUCAAUUCUGUGUUUUAAUUCCAAUAACUUCAGGCAAAGUAUCAGUAAGAUGCAGUAAAGUAUACUGUAACCUUUUAUUUGGCUAAUUUUUUGCUGGAGUAAAAUGAGUUUUAAAAUAUUGGGCUGAGCAAAACCCAACGUUACAUGGAGUUUUCAUCCACAACAAUACUUUGCUUCCUUAAUACUUAACACAAAAUCCGUGAACAGCUGAACCAUUUAAAAAUACUUACAGUAGUGUUUGACAGAUGUAUCUAUAAUUUAAAUUUGUAGUGCUCAAUAAGUAUAUUUUUAUAAAGUAAAUAAUAAUCUGUAUGUAACUUCUCACUCCGAAUUAUUACCUAGUUAGUAUUAAUACUGUAUGCUGUAAAUUGCUCGUCUUUUAUAUAGCUGUUGUUUGCUGUAUUAUAGUGAUGGUUAUUAAUACCUUAAAAAAUGAAUAUAAGGAAAUUAAAGAUAAAAUUUGGUGAUUUAAAAUAUGAGAAAUGUAAUGCUACAGCUGUUUAAGUCUUUUCGUUUUUAAAACAAUUAAUUUGAAACUGUUACUAGCAAUUACAGUUAAAGUAAAUAAAUGAUUAGCGUUUUUAAUAAAUAAAUACAAAGUAAUAACUUUAACCGUACAUUUGAUAGCAAAUUUUAUAGAAAACGUGAACAUACAAGUUUCAAAUAGCUUCAUGAAAUAUCACAAUGUAUAUUUAAUAUUAAAACAUGAAAGCUGUCUUACUAUUACGUUAAUUGGACUGAUGUGACCAUUGAAAAUUUAAAAUUUAUUUCUAACUGAAUAAUUCUUGCGAUAUUGUGUGUUGUAACCACAAAUUCCCUUUAAUAUCAAAGUUUUAAAUCAUUAGUAUAUUUAGUUAUUUCAUACACCAUUUCCAAUUACCGUUUAGCGAGAAGUAUAUUAGAAAAGGUACUAAAAUGAGAUAAAAUAUAAUUAACAAUAUACAUUCAAGUGAGUACAGUAAUAACUUAUAAAUUUCUUUUUUUUUGCUUUAAAAAGAAUUUGAUAUAAGCAAGUAGUGAACCGUAAUAAUGUUACGUAUGAUGUACAUACCACACUGAGACAACUGCAUUUUGCAUAAAUAUAUACAAUAUGAAUUGAUUGUGAUUGAGUUAUCUAAGAAGACUACUACGUAAUGUAAUGUAAUGUAUAACUUAAUGUAUGUGUCGUGUAUUGUCGCUAAAGUAGCAUUAGCGUCGGAUAGACAGCGUACGCUCUAGCUUUAACGUUACGCUAUACAUGGCUGCUUUUUGUAAAAUAUUGCGUUUUUAUUUUAAUAGAUAUGUUUUUAUAUUAAUGACAAUGUUGAUUUAUUUAUAUUCGUGUCGAUUGUAUUUCUGUUGGUUGGACUUUGAUAAUCUGUUUUUGUUAGUGAGUUUAUUUUAGACAAAUUUUAAUUUUGUUUGUUGAUUCUAGGGCACAGUGCUAUAAUUCGAUUGUUUAUUGAAUCUUACUAUUGUUCCGUUUUGAGUCAGUAUUUUUGAAGAUCGGUUGCCUAAUUUGUUUGUUUCUUGUGCUAUGUAUUAUUACAUCUAGUAUCCAUUUUUUAGAUAAACUGUAGACACAAUUCACUGUGUACAUACGUUUAGUAAACUGUAUAAAACGACA